ACAACCUUGUAAGCAAUCCUUCAGAAAUCACGGAUGAUAAACCUGAAAUGGUGUGUGAUUUAGGUCUAAUAGUUGCACGACCCUCUAGUUGUACACAAUUGACACAGUUUAACCACGUCAUUAGAUCUGAACGUUGUUUAAAUUUACGCAUGCACUAAAUGAAAUAGAUGUCUCCUGCAUUGAUGUGGUUAUUUAGCAGUUAGUUUCAUUAUAAAUCUUUACCUGUUGUGAAGAGUUAUUCAGUUAUGUUAACAGUUUAAACACUAGUCUGAUCUGCUCUCCAAGGACAAUAUUGAGUGAUUUUAUUUAUUUCUUAUGCCAGAACUUAAGUGAUGUGAUCAUAAAAUGAUCAUUAAAAUAUCCAUAUAAAAAGGAUGAGUGACUUGAAUGAGUCAUGAGAGCUACAUUGCAUAUUGAUCACUGUUCGUCUCAAACAGUUCUCACACACCUCUUCAUAAGCCCCUCUUACAUAUUUGCACACACAGCUUUGACUAAAAAAAGCUCCUGGCCUGGCAGCCGCGUACAUGGCUGCAGGGUGUUGCUAUGGACAGUUACCAUGACGAUGCAUCAGGAAUGGGUCAGAAUAGUACAAGGAGGUCGAAGUCAUCCAUCCUCAGGCGCUGGAAGCUGAACUGGUGUGAUCUGUGGAUAGAUGGAAGUCUGAUGUUUUAUAAGACAGAUUCGAGGAAGGAUUACGAGACCAGAGUGAGUCUGAAGAGUACAUGUGUGAACGUGAAAUCUGGCCUGGAGUGUGCAGGUGUGUCUCCUCCAGAGGGCCACCCGAGGGAGAAUCUGUUGGUGUUGUACCUGAAGGAUGGCUCCACUGUGCUCCUGUGUGCUAACAGUGAGGAUGAGGCUCUGGCUUGGAAGCUGACAGUCAUGGAAGCAAAGCAAAGUCCUUUUUAUAGUUAUGAUCCCUAUAAUGACACGUACCAAUCUGUUCCUGUUAAUGGACACAACACUGUGUACAUCGCACCAGGCAAUGGCAAUGGAGGUACACACCAUGUCUGGGUGCACAGGGAGCGCUAUGAUGACUGGAUUGGAGAGCAGAUAGCACUGAGUUUGCUGGCUGGCAUGGCAGCGGGUACAGUGCUGCGCUCAUUUCUCUGGAUGCCUCUCUGGUACUGUUGAUACAGUCGCUAGCUUUGAAGCAAUCCUCACCUGAAGCCAGUCUUCUGAGAGGAAGUAGAGAAAGACCGGACUCUUACAGAUAGCUUCUGUAGGCUUCAAUCAGCUGGCCAAAUGUGUCCUAAAUACACAAACCAGUUAUAAGGACUUCACAGUGUAUGGUUGUGUAAAUAUGUAAAGUGAAGAGGUGUCUUAUAGAAGAGCAGGAUGAUGGAGAAGACCAAAGUGGUGUAUUUCUUUUCUUUUGUUUUUCCCCCCAAACAUAAACAUUUGGACCAUACAUUUGUUGCUAAUUUGGGUCGGGUCAAAAUAUCUGAAGUUUACCCCCUCAAAAAAUUAGAAACUAGUCGAGAUACUCUUGUAACUUAAUGUAAAAAUUUUAGUUACCCAGAAUUCACCACUAGGGGUCAGACACACCGCAGCAGUGCAAAUAAAUUAACUUUUUGUGCUUUAUCUUCACUAACUCGGGUCAAAGCUUGUAUAUCACACAUUACUCUCAAAAUAAUUUAAAUGUAGCAUUUAUAUAGUAUACUGGGGCUUAAAAUACAUGUAAAAGAUGCUUUCAAAUUUCAGUGGAUUCCAAACAGUCGAAAUCCAAAUAGUUUCCACACAGGAAACCUUUCAAGUAAUAAGUUGUUAUUGUCAUAUUUACUAUUUAAUGUAAUAGUUAUAACUUUUAAACAGUCAUGCUAACGACCAAUCCCGUAGUAAAAGAAGUAACAGUCGGCUCUUUGAACUGGUUCUCUUUUAGGUGACCAAUGAGAGCUGACUCGCUUUGAGGCGUCAAUCUUCCAGUGUACUUUAAUCAAAACAUUUGAGUAAAAUUUGUCAUAGUUAUGAAAUAAUGAAGUGAAGAAAAUGGACAAUAAGCAGUACAGUUCUUCUUAGUGAGCUGAGACCUGAUUCACCGAAUAGAGUCAGAGUUCCCAUUACAAAUAUACGCUGUUUCCUCAAACGAAGCAACAAGGCUUUCGGGAACACCCUUCUGUGUAAUCGUGUUGAGUCAGUGCUCAGACUCCCUGAAGAGUUAAAAUUCCCAUUACUUAUACUGACGUCUUGUGUGUGAUAGGUGACUAAAAAAAAUAUGUGAAUGUCAAUUUUCAUCUCCCUAGGCAUAAAGAUGAUGUAAACUCCAAUAAAUACAAAUUCAAAGCAUGCUAUGACAUGACUAUGCUCUAAUCUUUUUUGAAAAAACAUGUUUCCACAUAUAUGACAUGCAGGAUUGAGAGUCAUCACCUGAGCUUUAAGUGCUAAAGCAGACUAAAUUAAGUAUUCAUGUCCAUGAACGUUGCAUAAGGAGCCAAUUCAUUAUUAACACCCAGCUCUAACGUUUCAGAGGAAAGGUUAAACAUUUGUACCCAGAUAUUCAAGGUGGUCAUGGGUGCUGUGGACAAUCAGAGUACUGGGAAUGCUGGUAAUUUUUGAGCAAGACGCUAAUUCUAAUCUUCUGUGGUGUAAUUUAUAUUGUAU